AUGGCUGACUUCACCAUGGAAGACACACAGAAUUCCGCUCCAGGUCAGCCAUCUGUACAUGAAGUCUCGAAACUCUCCUCCACUUCUCGUCGUCAGGACACACAAAGCGUGACAAAACGUCUCCAAACAGAGUUGAUGCAGUUGAUGCUUUCCAGCACUCCUGGUAUCUCAGCAUUUCCCUCUUCUCCAGAAAAUCUCCUCAACUGGACUGCCACCAUCGCCGGCCCUUCUGAAACGCCCUACGCUUCCCUCACCUUCAAGCUUUCCUUCCAAUUUCCGUCCUCCUAUCCAUACGCCCCACCGACAGUCCUAUUCAAGACACCCAUCUUCCAUCCAAACGUCGAUUUCAGCGGGAGGAUAUGCUUGGAUAUCCUGAAGGACAAGUGGAGUGCCGUCUACAAUGUCCAAAGCGUGCUUCUGAGCCUGCAGAGUUUGUUGGGGGAGCCAAAUAAUGCAAGUCCUCUCAACGGUCAGGCGGCGGAGCUGUGGGACUCAGACCCCACUGAGUUCAAGCGACUAGUUUUAGCGCGUCACCAGGACCUGGACGAGGAGUAG